AUGGCCUCCACUGCACCUGUAAAACAUGUCAGAGAAGAGGGUCAACAACAGUUGACAGGGGAUUCUUUUAUCCGGCCCCAUCUGCUGAAAUUGUCUCCAUAUCAGCCCAUUUUGCCUUUUGAGGUUUUGUCGACUCAUCUGGGUAGAAAGCCUGAGGAUAUCAUCAAAUUAGAUGCAAAUGAAAACCCAUAUGGUCCACCUCCUGAGGUUUUUGAGGCUUUGGGGACAAUGAAAUUCCCAUAUAUUUAUCCUGACCCUGAAAGCCGAAGGUUGCGUGCGGCACUUGCCAAGGAUUCUGGCCUUGAGUCCAAGUAUAUUCUUGCAGGGUGUGGUGCAGAUGAGCUCAUUGAUUUGAUUAUGCGGUGCGUAUUGGAGCCGGGUGACAAAAUUGUUGACUGCCCUCCAACCUUUACAAUGUAUGAAUUUGAUGCUGCUGUCAAUGGCGCUCUAGUUACUAAGGUACCCCGGAGGUCAGACUUCAGCUUGGAUGUAGAACGGAUUGCUGAAGUUGUUGCGAAGGAGAAACCAAAGUGCAUAUUUCUAACUUCUCCCAACAAUCCAGAUGGGAGGUAA